AUGUGUGGCAUAAAGAAACCAUAUAGAUAUUCCAAGGAAAAACUGCUAGAAAUCAAAGAAUCCCCAUAUGCAAAACAGAGACCAGCAUGUCUUUUGGAAAAAUGUGACAGUAAAGGCAUUUGGAAACCUGAGAGAUGGCAUGCAUCCUUGUAUCUCAAGCAAACAAUUGCAGAUCCACGGCAGGGAAUAGAGGAAAAAGUUCUUGAUGUUGUAGUCAGUCCUCAGUACCGAAGCUUUGGGGGUAGCUGUCGUAUAACCAAUACAUCCCACAGUCAAUGA